GAGAGGGAGAGGGAGAGAAUCAGGGUCACAGUUGACCUCCUUUCUCAGCAGAGGAACACAGUUCAGUUUCUUCCUGGGUAGAGUGGCCAAGCCAAAGGUGGAGUGGAGUGGUGAGGAGUGCGUGGACUGGACUUCCCUUGUCAACAACUCCGGAGAGAGAAAGAGAGAGAGAAUUGGACCCAUUGGAAAGGAAGACACCUGGUCAACGGGGGAGAACUAUUAGAGAGACCUUAUUGUUGUACCUCAGCACCCUUGCCCUGACACUACUACAAUUGACUUGGUUUCUGUACUAACGGCACCAUGUGUAUCGCGCUGGAGAAAAGGACGAAGCUGCGGCUCACCAUCUUCCUGUUGACCGUGGGCAUGCUCUGUAUGUUCACCGCCGUCGUGUCGGACCACUGGGCCGUCCUCAGCCACGAGGUGGAGCCGGUAUCGCUCAACGCCACCUGUGAAAUGGCGCAUUUUGGCUUGUGGAGGUUGUGCAAGAAGAACAUCUAUGUCACAGACGCGGAGAUGGUCGGGGAGGGGUGUGGCCCCCUCAGUCUACCUGGAGAGCACAACUGCACAUACUUCAGACACUUCACACCGGGAGAGGAAUCCGAAAUCCUUGACGUAAAGACCCAGAGAGAGUACAGUAUCUCGGCGGCUGCCAUCGCCAUCUUCAGUGUGGCCUUCAUGAUCCUGGCCACGCUGUGCCUCCUGGCGGGACUGGGCAAGGGGAAGGAGUACAUGUACAAGCCGGCUGGGAUGCUCUACGGAUUCGCCGGCCUGUGCGCCAUCGUGUCGGUGGAGGUGAUGCGUCAGUCGGUGAAGCGCAUGAUCGACAGCGAGGAGACUAUCUGGAUGCACUCCUACUACUCCUGGUCCUUCGUGUGCGCGGUCAUCGGCUGCAUCCUGCUCUUCGUGCCCGGCCUGGCCCUGCUGAUCCUGGCCAUGCCCAGGAUGCCCAGCAACCCCUGGGAGACGUGUAUGGACGCCGAGCCCGAACAGAUGGAGUGAUGACCGUGUGACCUCCUUGACCUUCACGAGGAGAGAGAGAGAGAGAGAGAGGAUCGAUUCACCUGGAGGGAGGGAGGGGGAAAGGGACAGAGCAAACCAAAUCACACACACUAUGGGUGUGGUGGUUGGUCGCAGCUUUUUCAAAAAAUAUAUUUUACUCACUCUGAACUUUUUUUAAGUGAGUUAUUCUAUGGAGUCGUCCCAAGAUGGGCCGUGGACAGGCCAGGACAAGCAGCAUAAUGUGCCCCCUGCUUGAGAGCACUGCCCUCACCUACUCCCCUGUCCUCUUCUCCCCUGCACUGCCCUUACCUACUCCCCUGUCCUCUUCUCCCCUGCACUGCCCUUACCUACUCCCCUGUCCUCUUCUCCCCUGCACUGCCCUUACCUACUCCCCUGCACUGCCCUUACCUACUCCCCUCUUUUUUUUAAGUGAGUUAUUCUAUGGAGUCGUCCCAAGAUGGGCCGUGGACAGUGGUUGAGUCUUUGUGCUUCAUGCUCCUGUUAAUAAUAAUAAUCAGAUGUCAAAACAGCUGUAGUUCACAGAGGUAACAAUUCAGUCUACUACAAUGUGUGGUUGGGGAACUGUAUCCAAAGCCAAAGAAAAACAAUUCCACCCACAUAUUUAUAUAUUGCAAAUACUAUAGUUGCUUAUAUGUAGUUAUGAAACAAGUCCGACAGGCGGUCAAAGAUGCGUCCACUUAUUGUUGCUUAUUGAUGUAAAUUAAUGAAUACAAUAGGCUACAAUGUAACACAAAAAAUUGCGCCGAAGAUCGUGUUUUUUCCGAUUUAAAGAAUGAGUUUCAGAGGGACAGACGGACGGACGGACAUACCCUCUUAUAGAGAUGCUAGGACGCAUCUAAAAACUAUAGUAUUGGAAUAAAUGUAAAAAGAGUAUCAUCUCCCAGCAAAACAUACAAUGAUGUGAAUCAUAAAGCCGACAAAGUGCUCACACAUGGUGAUUCACAUCACGUACCACCACUGUCUUAACUCCAGAAACAAGUUUGUGUAAUUUAAAAUAAUUGCAUAAUCGCAUUGAUCAUAUCAUCUAUUUCAUAAGAGUCCCACUCCCAGGGCAAAUUAGCAAGGCAGAAAUGAUGAUGGUCAAAAGGCAAGAGAGUGGCGUAGUCAGACUGUGGAGUGAAGUGGGCAUGUGGGGCCGUGCUCUCCUGAGCGCUCUCUGUUCUGUGCUGCCUUGAGGAAGCCCGUGGCCCCGUUCGUGGUUGGUGACAGGCAGCUCGCGUAGCAUGCUAAUGUAGCUCCCUGUCUGAGGGGCUCAAUGCCCCACACAGUCCCUGGAGAGGCAUCAACACGACCAGGUGCAAAACAUAACACUGCCAUCAUACAAGACCCCCCUCUCGAGGUCAUAGGCAAAACAGACUCACUUUUAUUCAUUUAAGAUUUGUCCCUUACACGUUCUGCUUAAAGUUUUUUUUAAAAAAAAUCAAAAUAUGUAUAUUCUGCUUCUUUGUUGUUUGGUGUUUUGUAACAAACAUGGUUUUAGUGAUUUAGACUGAACGUUUGCUUUUAAUUUAAUCAGAGUCCUUUAAGUGUUGGUGUGUGAGUGGUAUCAGUGUGGGUCAGAUUUUUUUCUAUUAAAAUAAGCUAUCAGUGUUCUUUUCUCCACCUGGGUCUGGUCCCAGAACCCUUUUGUGCUUGAUGAAACAUUGGGUGCGUUUACGUGCAGUUCAGUAUCCCGAAUAACAUCAGGAUAUUAAGUAUCCCGAAUUUGCGUUUGAGCAUAUAAACACCUUUUCCCGACUUCAUUAACCCGAACAAGCUCUUAUUCGGGAUACUGAGAAAUCAGGAUAUGCUAAGUGGAUUAUUUCGACAGAAGUCGGGAUACUGACGCAUGCAAACACCUUAUCCCAAAUACAGGGGCUUCCCAUAGAACGCUUUUGCUGGUAUCCAGGCUACACGCAUUAGAAGAGAAUUCUAUAAAGAAUGCAGACUGGGAUAUAACGCUCUGUGCUCAUAUAAACACCUUAUCCCGAAUAUGAUCAUAACCAGGAUAUGCCUCAUAUUCGGGAUAGUGAACUGCAUAUAAACGCACUCAUUUCUUGCUGGUCCAUGACGCAAAGUGUCAACUCUUGCUGAGGUGAGCAAUAGGAACAGGAAUGCCCAUUAGGAAGACGCCUCCAUUUGUAACCGUACAGUAUAACCGCACAAAGAUCAAGCGCGACAUGAGCGAGGCGAGCGACGGAAGUCAUAAGACUUUGUAUUGAGUCGCACGACAAAAACCGAUUCUAGAGACUAGAGGCGAUUCGUGCGACGAGAGCGACAGUUUGAAGUUGAAAUCCUUUCAACUUUCUAUGACGCGGUUCGGCGACUAGCUGUGACAGCCAAUGACUGUAUAGAGGUCAGUGACCACAGCCAAUGGGAAUGCUUGAAUGCUUUGCCUUCUGCCUGUACGGACAUACUCUAGUCUCUUCAAUCGCUCGUAUCGCUUGCUGCUGCACUCUGUCGCUUGAAUCGCAUCGUGCCUGGUCUAUUCAUGCAGUAAGUGGCGUUUGAAAUGUUUCAAGAGCAUUUGCAUAUUGCACUAACGAUAUCGUCAUAGGCCACCAACAACCUAAAAACAUAUUGCAAGGUGGUUAGUGUUAGAGGAAGUACAGGUAAAUGUCUUGUGCCUGAAGACCUUCCUACAGUAUAUGUCUUUUUCUAAAAUCCAGAUUGACAGCUGAACAGGAGACAGCGGCAUGAUUCUAUACAACCAACAUACCAAUUACAACCACACACACACACACACACACACACACACACACACACACACACACACACACACACACACACACACAGAGACACACAGAGAGAGAGAGAGACACACACACACACACACACACACACACACACACACAGGCACAGGCACACACGCACACAAAGAAAUUCAGAACCCUUCAAUAAUGUUAAUUUAACAAGGCAGCUGUUUUGAGCACAUGCUGUGUGUUGUUGUUGAAGAUGGCCUCCAGAGAGAGAGUAUCACACUGAAGUGGAUUAGUUUGUUGCUGACCCUACCAGCCAAGGCAUGCUAUGGGUGCGUUCCAAUAUGCGACCUUGCGUCCUCCACUUGUGCUUGUGGCCUUGUACCAGGAAGUAAUAUGUCAUGGUGACAUCACUGACAACAGCAUUAUACUUCAAUACCUCGCAAAAGCUGUAAAGUCGUUUUCUCAUUUGCAAACUGGAUGGUGAAUGAAGAAUAGUCCCUCAAAAAUUGUUUUGGCUUGGGCUGACAGCGGGGAAACUUGAUUGUUUUCUCCACGGAGGCGCGGCAUCAGCGAAACGUGAGGCCACAAGCACAAGUGGAGGACACAAGGUCGCAUAUUGGAACGCACCCUAUGACAGACAGGCUAGGUGACACUGUAGCCAGAG